AUGUUACUUUGGUCAUUUGGUUCUCAAAAUGUGAUUAUGAGCAUUACCAACACAUUUAUGAACUUGUGCACUGCUACCCCAGACUACCUGAUUAAACCUUGGUCUAUACACCUCAUGGUUCUGAAUGAGGUGGAUGGGGUAGGCUUGGUAUAUGGUAGCUUGGAUUGGAAUAAAAGGAAAUUGGGUCCUGUGGUUCAAAGUUUCAGGCUCAAGGGUAAUGAUGGUGGAUACUUGAUAUUCCACAGAAAAGGUGCACCUAAUGUGCACAUUUUUUGUCAAAUUUGGAUAGCACCUAGAUCCUCAGGACUUUUGUCAUGCCUCAGGUCAAGGUAUAUUCUCUAUAACGGGAAAGACCGGACUUGGUUUUGGAGAUAUGAUAAAGUUCCUUCAGAAAUCCAGAGAAUACAUGAGCCCUCCAAGCGUUUUGCAAUUACCGGCCAGCUAAGGAGAGAAUAUAGUAAUCAUUGGAAGAGGGCAAUUGAUGAAUACAAACCUGCGGUGACGAGUCGGACUCACGGCCGCCAUAAUAUUAAUCCUCAGCAUCCUACACCAAGCUGCGAAGAAUACACGUUCAACCUGGCCUCUAUGAAACAUAUGGCCAAGACUCGUGUGCCUAAGAUCACACUCAACCCAGCAGGAAGGCCUCCGGUGACCAUUAUGCAAUUUCAAACUCUCCUCUUGCCGCCAGAUCUUUCUUUGAAUAAAGAGCAAGCUACCUACGAUGCCAAUAAUCAACAAUAUAACUCAAUGGCGACCUCAUCACACCCACGCCCACUUGACCUUAUGAAUGCUGGACGUUCGAACCUGACAGAUUCACUUCCAAUCUUAGCUCCGAUUAUGAGCCCGCAGUAUAUGAUCACCUUACGUUCCACAUACCGAUCGACUUCUAUCACAUUGGCACAAAGUGCUUUCUUCGGUGCAUCUUUAGCUUAUGCGAAUCUUUUCACUUAUGUGACCCCGCAGCCCGUGUUUUUAGCUUGGGCGGCUUCAACAUUUGUCGUCGGUGCUGUCGGCGCGGGGACGAUGGGCUUCUUUGGACAAUUCGAUAGCAUUUGGAAUGACAACCGACCAACGCGCAGUAGUACAUAUAUGAACGCACAGGAACCCCAGGAGUUCACUGGAGAAUGGCUUGUGGGGGCUUUCGGAUGCAUCAGCUGCGCCCUCGUGUUUGUCGGUCUUGUUAUGCUGAAUCUUUCAAUGAUCGUAUCAGCCUUCAAGCUCGACACUCACGAUGCAUUCAGUACAACCUUCAACAAAGUUGGCAUUGUGACUGCAGGUCUAUUCAGUAUCAGUGGCUCCAUGUCCCUCAUGGCCGGCGCUUUAUAUGUUCGUUACCGAGGUAAUUCACCGGUGAUGCGCGCCUCUAGGUUUGCUUCUCAAUUUGAACUCUGGAGUAUCACAUGUCGAACUGAUGAGUAA